AUGUCUCACAAACAGGACAAAGACCAUGAUAAAUCGGCCACUGUCCACGUUGACCGUGUUGAUGACCAAGCAUCUGCCAACGCUCUCGCCGCAGCACGAGCUGGCCUGAAAUGGGGCAUUACCCCAAAAGAGCCCCGAGACAAGAACGCCGUUCCUGGUCCAGAUCACCCCGUUCAUAAAAUACCCGUGGAAAAGCAGGAAAAAAUGAGAAAAAAGGGAAUCAAUCCCGUCUUAUUUGCUGAGAUGAACCAGAACAAUACUGGCCAGAGGGGCUUUUGGGCGAAGCUGUCUGGCACAGCAAUGGGAGGUGGUUGGAUUAAGUAA